GUGCAUAGUGCUGUCAUUUUUUUUAACAUUGCUAACUUUUAAUUAAUGAGGACAAUUGAAAAUGUAAGUAGAUCACUCCUCACAGGUACCAAUAAAACAAAUAACAGUGUACAGCUAUUCUCUGAGCAGCUUGCUCUAUGGCCUUAAAACAGAAAAAAAUUACCUGAAGUUUGAAGGACAGACAAAUCCUGCUGCACCAGUUUAUGAUGUGCAGAAAGCAAAGAUGCAGUUAAGAAAGCAUUUAAAAAGGCCUUUGGUAUAGUGGUCUUUAUUCCAAGAGGGUCGGAGCUCAACCUUAAUGAAGUCUUGCUGAGAUUGCACAGGGCUUCGGUAACAAUUCUUUUGGAGGAUUAAGAAGGCCAUGGAUUUGGGCAGCCACAGUAACAAAAGCUCAAGCUGUGAGAUUAAAACAUCUGAGGAAGAGAAGAUUAUCCAUCUAGUGGUCUACAUUCCCAUCUUCAUCAUGGGGUUGCCCUUCAAUUUGCUGGCCCUUUACAUGUUCUGCGGCAAGAUUAAGAGAUGGACUGAAUCUACCAUUUACAUGAGCAAUCUUGCUUUGGCCGACAUCCUGCUGUUGUUUUCCCUACCCUUCAAGAUGCUCGACCAAGAUAGUGGUUGGCCCUUUGGAAAAGCCUUCUGCUCCUUUGUGGAGUCCACCUACUUCGUCAAUAUGUACGCCAGCAUUUUCAUCAUCACGUCCAUUAGCAUUGACCGCUAUCUCGCCAUCAUCCAUCCUUUGAAAGCAAGAGACUUCCGAUCACCACGGAAUACCUUGAUAAUCUGCUUCAUUAUUUGGGUCUUUGUUUGGUUGGGAAGCAUCCCUGUUUAUCAAUUUCAUGAUACUUCAGGCUCCAAUUAUACCUCAAACUUUAGCAUUGCCUGCUUCCAUAGAUUUUCUGAUAAGUCCUGGAAUCCAGGGUUAAUUAUUUUUGUGGAGCUGAUGGGCUUUGUGAUCCCGCUCACCAUCAUGACCUUCUGUUCAGUCCAAAUCAUCAGGAAACUUUUGCAUAGGCAAAAUGAUAUCCCUGGAAACUACCAGAUGUGCAUUAGAAUAAUCACUGUCAACCUAGCAACCUUCAUCUGUUCAUUUGUGCCUGUCCAUCUUGGCAUCUUCCUUCAGUUUUUAGUGAGGCAGGACAUCAUUGACCAAAGUUACUGUUCAGAAAGAAAGGCUAUUAGUUUAUUUGUACAGAGUGCCAUGUGCAUAGCCAAUGUUAACUGUUGUCUGGAUGCCAUUUGCUAUUAUUUCGUUGCAAAGGAAUUCCGAGAGCAAGGUUCACGCACCAAAAGAUCUUUGGCUAACAUUUUCUCAAUCAUUGACUGAGCAUUUAACAAAACCUUCUUCUUACAUAGGAUGCUCUUAGUGUUUUGCUGAUUCUAAACUGUCUACUGCAUCAAACAUUGCUCAUCAUGUACAUCAGGGUUGUUUCAUCAAUGCAUCUUCUUGUGAAAGAGCAAACGUAUAUGUAGCACUCUGAGCAAUCUGUGGAAAUGCCAUCAUGCUCCUCAGCAAGUUAAACACUCUUUCAAUGUAGCAAACAUAAAAGUGAAAGAGAAACGUGCACACAAUGCAGUGUGAUUAUGACCAGAAAAUCUCUUUCAGGCUUCAGGAAAAAGAAGGGAAAAUAUUCUACAGUAUACCAAGGCUAAUGCCACUAAAUCCCCACUUAUCUUAAACUCUGUUUUGACGGGCAUUCAGGGCUUUUGUUUAACAUUUCACCUGAAAGAUAGCAUCUCCACUAGCGAGACCUUGGAGUACUGAACUUGAAUGUAGGCUUACACUAUCUGCUGAUCUCUGAAGUGUGAUUUGAUCCUAUCAGCUCUAGACUCAGAGGGAAGAAUCUUUCUACUAAGUACAACCAAGCUCACAACUUCUGUUCCUAGCCAUUAAGACCCUGAACAGUAGAUUCCUAAAAGGUUCAUUAUGUAUUCUCCUCAUUCUUGAUCCUAGGUCCAAUAUUUUUUUGGGGUAAAGAAAAGAAGAUUGAAAUAUUUGUAACAUGGGCUCUGUAAUAACUGGAGGAAACUUCACACCAUAGGUGCACUGUGACCUUUGUUUCCUUUGACUUUGUGUAUAAUGAAUUUCACUGGCAGAUGCUGAGAGUAAAAGACCAUGAAUCAUCAUAAUUGAACGCUUGCAACAGCAGAUUGCAAACCUGAGACCAAUUUCAGGCUGAUAAAAGUGUGAGCAGAUUCAAGUUUUUGCUCUGUAGCAACAUUCAAGCUAAGGCCAUCCGAGACAAACUAACCUGUUUGAAUGAUACCAUAUCUAUUUUCUGCAACAUUAGAUCUCCCCACUAUCACUGCAGUUUUUCUCCUUCACAAGAUCUUCUUGAGUAAUUCACCAAGGUUUCUGUGACAGUGCCUCUAAAUCACUCAAUGAUUACCACUCAGAAAAAUGAGCACAGCGGUUGCAUAGGAAUAUCAUUUCAGUUCUGCAUU